AUGGGUGACAUUCAAGAACUGUCAAUCAGUAGUCCAAAAAUUGUCCAAAGAACUGAUUUUAUUGGAUACAGAUAUCGAGUUAAAAAUAUAAAAAUUAAAAAAGAUGUCAAACGCAUCGAAAGUUAUGCAUUCCAAGGAUUCACAAAACCAGAAACAAUUUAUAUAUCAGAAUUCUUAGAAUAUUUCAGUAGCUCUGCAACAUUGAAUUGUGAAAACUUGCAAUCCAUCACAGUAUCGCAAAAUAACCCUAACUUUUAUAAUGAUUCUGAUAUGAACUUGUAUUCUAAGAACACAACAGUAUUGAUUAGAGUUAUGCCAAAGAAAACAACCUCAGCUAAAAUGCAAAUUUUCACGAUUCCUUCAACUGUAACUACUAUUGAACAAUUUGCCUUUGCAAAUACAGAUAUGUUUGGUGUAAAUUUCGAACGAACUUCAAAUAUUUCAACACUUGGAAUUUUAUCUUUUUCAUUGAGUGGUCUUUAUACAAUUACGAUUCCAUCCACAGUAACAUCGAUACAGAAUCAGUCAUUUUAUAAAUGCCAAAAAUUACAGAGCGUUAUAUUUGGAGAAAACACAAAUACGCAAAAAUAUAUCGGAUAUGAAUCAUUCUCAUAUACUUCAAUUUCUGAAUUUCUUUUUCCAUAUAAUUGUAUUGUUGAUAAUGAUGUUUUUAGUCAUUGUCAAUCCUUGACUUUCAUAGGAAUCCUUGACUCAUCCACUUCCAUCUCAAUCAACACAUUCAGUGGAUGUUUGAGCAUCGAAUCGAUUUCAUUAAAUUCAAAAAAAUAUGUUAUAGAAAAUUCUUUUCUGUAUAGCAAUGAUUUUACUGAAUUAUAUUACAUUAUACAGCAACAUAGUGGUAUAGAUUAUUAUAGGCGUUUGCCAAAUAUUAAUAAUAUGUGUGAAACUGCAUUUCUGAAUCAUAGCAUAAAUACACUUACUCGUGUAGAUUCUAUUCCAACGAACGGAAAAUAUUCGAUUGUAAAUGGAAUAGUAUAUGAUACUCGAAAUAAUUAUGCCAUUAGCUCUUUGAAUGGAAUAAGUAGGGUAACUAUUAAACAAGGUACAGUGAAGAUAUGCAAAAGGUGCUUUUUUAAUCAAAAUAUUCAAAGUUUUCAAAUUCUUGAUCAUAAUUCCUUAACGAUGAUAGAAUCAGAAGCAUUUUAUGGAUGUAAAAUUAACUCAAGUUUGUAUUUUAAUGGUCAAGUUAUGAUAAUCGAAAAAUAUACUUUUCAAAAUUCUGAAAUUAACUUAAUAAUAAUUUCGGCUUCAGAAAAAUUAGUUCUUAUGGAAUCGGCAUUUGAAAGAGCAAACAUCUCGAAUUAUAUUUCAAUUAAUCAUAAUUUGAGUUACAUUGGAAAAUGUUGUUUUUAUAAUUCGACAAUUACAAAUAUAUACUUUUAUAAUGUCCAAAAUAUAUCAGAAAUUGAAGAUGAGACAUUUGCCAAUUGCACAAUUUCGUCAAUCAUUUUACCAACUUCAAUAGAAAAAAUCGGAAUUUCUGCAUUUGAAAAUUGCCGCAUUUUGCAAUAUAUUACUCAAUCUCAAACAAGACAAGAUACUGCUUCAAAAAGUUCAAUUUAUUAUGCAUAUAUAUCUCUGAAUUAUAUCAGAAAAUUUGAAGCAUUUUCAUUUAACAAUUGCACAUUAAUAUAUAGUAUUUUUAUAGGUUAUGUUAAUGAAGUUGAGUUUAUUGGUCCUGGAGCAUUUUCUAACAUAUCUAGUUUGAUAACAGUUUCAAUUGGGAAUACAUCUGACAAUGUCCUUAAUAAUGAAACAUUCUAUGAAAUCAAUCUCUCCCAAUAUUUCAUAUCUCCAAAUAAUAAAUAUUAUUCAUCAUAUUAUGCAUCAAAUUAUGCAUGUAUAUAUAAUAAAAACUUUUCCAUUCUGCUAUGGAGUGUUCCAUCGAUUCCAAUUCUUUAUCUCAAAAGAGAAACCAUAAUAAUUGCUGAUUAUGCAUUUUACUUUAGACGAUCACUCAGUAGUAUAAGUUUUACUCAAGAAAAUUCUCUAGAAAUAAUUGGAAAUUACGCAUUUUCAUUUACAAGUAUUACAUCAUUAGAUUAUUUGCAUAAUUUGAAAUCAAUUGGAGAUUAUGCAUUUAAUUCGUCUGGUCUGAUGCAUGUUACAUUACCAACUAAUCUAAAAUAUAUUGGGAAUAUGAGUUUUGCAUAUAUAUCCGUAUCAAAUAUAUCAAUUCCAGAAAAUUGUGAAUUUAUUGGAGAUGAAGCUUUUUCCCACAAUAAUUAUUUAAUCAAUGCUACUUUCGAACAUAACUUAAUAAUUUUGAAUUUAAGUAAAGGAUUAUUUUCCUCAUGCAAAAAACUCGAAAAUGUAUCUCUUCCAAAAGAUUUAAUAUUUAUUGGGGAUGAAACUUUCAAAGAAUGCCAACAAUUGAAAAUCAUUUACAUCCCUUCAACAUGCAAAGCCAUUGGACAAGGAACAUUUGAAAGCAGUGGAAUUCAAGAACUUGUUUUUGCCGAAAACUCCAAUUUAGAAUUAAUUGAUAGGAAAGGAUUUUAUCGAUGUACCAUAUUAAAUACUAUUAAUAUUCCUGCAAAAUGCAAAUAUUUAGAAUUCCAAUCAUUUUAUGGUUGCAGUAUUCCUUCUAUUAUAUUUGAUAAAGGUUCAGAGUUGUUAACAAUUGGAGACCAAUCAUUUUUCCAAUCGAACUUAAGAAGUAUUGCCAUUCGAUCAUCAUGUAAUAUGGUUGGGUCUCGAGCAUUUUCGGCAUUUACAUUAUAUUCAAUUGAGUUUGAACAAAAUUCUCGAGUUCAGUCAAUCGAAAAUUUCACAUUUUCCAAUAGUAUCAUAGAAAAAAUAAAAAUACCAUCUAGUUGUAAAUAA